AUGGUGAAACCAACGUGGACGGAUCACUACCAGGAUAACAAGGAGAGCAACCUGCAGCACUACCAGGAUAACAAGGAGAGCGAUCUGCAGCACUACCAGGAUAACAAGGAGAACAACCUGCAGCACUACCAGGAUAACAAGGAGAGCAACCUGCAGCACUACCAGGAUAACAAGGAGAGCGAUCUGCAGCACUACCAGGAUAACAAGGCGAGCAACCUGCAGCACUACCAGGAUAACAAGGCGAGCAACCUGCAGCACUACCAGGAUAACAAGGAGAGCAACCUGCAGCACUACCAGGAUAACAAGGCGAGCAACCUGCAGCACUACCAGGAUAACAAGGCGAGCAACCUGCAGCACUACCAGGAUAACAAGGCGAGCAACCUGCAUCGCUGCAAGGAUAACAAAGAGAGCAACCUGCACCACUAUCAAGAUAACAAAGAGAGCAACCUGCACCACUAUCAAGAUAACAAAGAGAGCAACCUGCAGCACUACCAGGAUAACAAGGAGAGCAACCUGCACCACUAUCAAGAUAACAAAGAGAGCAACCUGAGACGCUACCAGGAUAACAAAGACAGCAACCUGCAUUGCUGCAAGGAUAGCAAGGCGAGCAACCUGCAUCGCUGCAAGGAUAACAAGGAGAGCAACCUGCAUCACUACCAAGAUAACAAAGAGAGCAACCUGCAUCGCUGCAAGGAUAACAAGGCGAGCAACCUGCAUCGUUGCAAGGAUAACAAGGAGAGCAACCUGCAGUACUACCAGGAUAACAAGGAGAGAAACCUGCAUCGCUACCAGGAUAGCAAGGAGAGAAACCUGCAUCGCUACCAGGAUAGCAAGGAGAGAAACCUGCAUCACUACCAGGAUAACAAGGAGAGCAACCUGCAUCGCUACCAGGAUAGCAAGGAGAGCAACCUCCAUCGCUACCAGGAUAGCAAGGAGAGCAACCUGCUUCGCUACCAGGAUAACGAGGAGAGCAACCUGCAUCACUACCAGGAUAACAAGGAGAGCAACCUGCAUCGCUGCAAGAAUAACAAGGGGAGCAACCUGCAGCACUUCCAGGCAACCAGGAUUUGA